UUCGCUCAAGUUCACCGUGUGUCGAGGAAAUGUGCCUCGAUCAGAAGAACAUCUGGCAAAAAAACGGAUAAUGUCGAUAUACGGGAAGCUACUUUUACGCGCCAAUCCUCGAUAUAAGCUACUUUGUUUUGAGAGCCGUUUUAAGUAGCCUAUAUGGAUAUAGUCUAUUUUUGAGAUUGUCUUGUAUUUAACUUGAAGAGAAUUUGCGAGCCUAACGGUUUCCAAGCAUGGAUCAAUCAGUGGCAAUACAGGAGACGUUGGAAAAAUACGAAAAUUGCAUCAUAGCUGUCCAAUGUCUUGUCGUUGUUGACAACGUCACCGAAAGCAGACUGCUGGGAUUGGUCGAGCAUACAAAGGAACAUGCUCUUUUUGUUUACACUCAUAAAAGAAUGGCGAUAACAGGUGAAGAUGUUACUCUGGAUGGCAUUAUUCCAAUCUCCAAUUCCUUUGAUGUUGUUGAAGUUUCAUCAGCAGAUGUAGUUGCAGUUGUGGGUGCCGACAGCAGGGUGAUGGUGAGCUAUCAGGAUGAUGAGUUGGAAUUGAGACUUCCUUUUGGCUUUCACUCUCGCCUAUUCCUCAGUGAGGUAAACAGAGUCCUUAGUGAUGUGUGUAAGUCCCCUUCAGAAGAACCUUCGUUUGAAUGGCUCCACAAGUACCGUAAAGCCACCAGAGGCAAAAGUGUCAUGAAAGAAGCCCUCGCUCCCAUAGGAGCAAAACUGUCAAAGAUGAGCCAGCAAAAGAAAACAGACAGGAGGUUACCUGUAAGAGAGGACCAGAGGAGCAACAGGGAAGAGGAGCAGCAUAGAGUGGAUUCAAGCCCAGAGAGCCAGGGCAAAGCAGCGCGCGAGGACAGGGAUGACAUGGUGCGCUCCUCCAGUCACACCCCGUCCAACAAAGCCCAGAUGCUGGCCAUGCCCCAGUUCGGCCUGAGAGACAACCUCAUCAGGUGUGAGCUACUGAAGAACGAGGACCAAUACACCUACCUGGAGAACUACAGUUUCUUUCUGGGCACAUACAAUGUCAACGGACAGACACCAAAAGAAAGCCUUCGUCCGUGGCUGGGGUCCACCCCCACUCCUCCCGAUAUGUACUGUGUGGGGUUCCAGGAGUUGGAUCUCAGCAAGGAGGCCUUCUUUUUCAACGACACACCCAAGGAGUCUGAGUGGAUGAAGGCUGUGAUCGAGGGGCUGCACCCAGACGCCAAGUAUGCCUUAAUCAAGCUGGUGCGUCUGGUGGGCAUCAUGAUGCUGUUCUACGUGAAGAAGGAGCACGCAGAGUUCAUCUCUGAGCUGGAGGCAGAGACCGUGGGCACGGGCAUCAUGGGAAGAAUGGGCAACAAAGGCGCCGUGGCCAUCCGUUUCCGGUUCCACAACUCGGACAUCUGCGUGGUCAACUCCCACCUGGCGGCCCACGCUGAAGAGUACGAGAGGCGCAACCAGGACUAUAGGGACAUCUGCAGCCGGCUCCAGUUCCACCAGCUCAACCCCAGUCUGCCCCCUCUCCCUAUCAUGAAGCACAGUGUCAUCUUCUGGCUGGGGGACCUCAACUACAGGAUAAACGAUCUUGACCUUGAAAAUGUUAAAGAUUUGAUCUCCAAGAAGGACUUGAAGACGCUGUAUGAUUACGACCAGCUGAAAAGACAGAUCGAAGAGGACGCCGUGUUUGUGGGUUUUACAGAAGGAGAGAUUGAUUUUCAGCCCACAUACAAAUACGACACAGGCACUGACCAAUGGGACACCAGCGAGAAGUGUCGUGCCCCGGCGUGGUGCGACCGGAUUCUGUGGCGUGGGAAAAACAUCCGUCAGUUGCACUACGAGAGUCACAUGGCCUUGAAGACCAGCGACCACAAACCUGUCAGCUCGCUGCUGGAGAUAGGGAUCAAGGUGGUGAACGACGAGGCCUAUAAGAAGACCUUUGAGGAGAUCGUGCGCUCCAUAGACAAGAUGGAGAACGACUGUAUUCCGUCCGUGACCUUGUCCAAACGAGAGUUUCACUUCAAGGACGUGAAGUUUAUGCAGCACCAGGCGGAGACGUUGACCCUCCACAACGACGGGCAGGUCCCGUGCCAGUUUGAGUUCAUCCAGAAGCCGGAUGAGCCCACCUAUUGCAAACCCUGGCUGACCGCCAACCCGUCCAAAGGGUUCAUUGCUCAGGGUGGAAACGUAGAUAUCGACCUGGAGGUGUUUGUCAACCGCUCCACGGCUCCAGAACUGAAUUCGGGCCUGCAGCAGAUCGAGGACAUCCUGGUCCUACACCUGGAGAGGGGCAAGGACUACUUCCUCUCCGUGACGGGCAACUACCUGCCCAGCUGCUACGGCACCUCCAUCCGUACGCUGUGCCAGCUGAGGGAACCUAUCCAGGACAUGCCCCUGGAGAUCAUCCGUGAGCUGACGGAACUAUCUGAAGGUGAGACCAGAGCUGAGAGCACAGACAAGCCUCUUGACAUCCCUAAAGAGAUCUGGAUGAUGGUGGACCACCUGUUCCGCAACGCCAGCAAACAGGAGGAUAUAUUUCAGCAACCUGGGCUCCGAAGUGAAUUUCAAGAGAUAAGGGAUUGCCUUGACACAGGCAUGCCAGACUCGCUUCCUGGUAGUAACCACUCAGUGGCAGAAGCAUUGCUCCUCUUCCUCGAUGCUCUCCCUGAACCUGUGAUCCCCUACUCCCUCUACCAGCAAUGCCUGGAGUGUUGCUCCAACACAAGCCAAUGUAAAAAGGUUAUUUCCAUGCUACCUCAGUGCCAUAAAAACGUGUUCAACUAUCUAGCGGCAUUUCUACGCGAGUUGUUAAAAAAUGCUAUACACAAUCGACUGAAUGUCAACAUUUUGGUUCCCAUUUUUGCUGCUUUGCUACUGAGGUCGACGACAAAACAAGAUCUUGCUGAGAAACGGAAGACUCAGGAGUUCUACCAUCAUUUCCUGGUCCAGGACCUCUCCUGAAUAGCGCACGGAUCCUUUCACUUAUUUCACUUAGUGUACAGCUCAGUAUUUGUCAUAGUUUGUAAUAAUUUCAUAAAUUAAGUAGUUGUUUGUAAGAUAUAGUCUAAUUAUGUUCUCUGAUUUAAACAUUUUUUACAGUAAUGUUUCAACGUAAGAUAUCAUUACACAGCUGUUACUGUGUAAUGAUGAGCAGCUGUAGAAAGAUUUUAAUGUAUGUAAAGUUACUAGUUAUUUAAAGAGAUGAUUUGUAUUUUGCAGUUUAUGAUGUCAAAACAACAAAUUGUUUUUUAUAUAUAUAUGUAUGUAUAUAUAAAGUCCUGUUUCAAGGAAUGUGAUCA